AAAUAAACACACGAAUCUUCAUAUUAUAAAAUCUCGACUACACAGCCGCGGCGCUCGGAUCUUCUUCUUCGCAUUUUCAUCUCCGGCGACAAUGGUGACGGCCAAGAAGACGAAGAAGUCCCAUGAGGGCAUCAACAGUAGAUUGGCUCUUGUAAUGAAGAGCGGAAAGUACAAUCUCGGGUACAAAUCCGUCCUCAAAACCCUCCGCAGCUCAAAAGGGAAAUUGAUACUUAUAUCCAACAACUGCCCGCCAUUGCGGAGGUCGGAGAUUGAGUAUUACGCCAUGCUCUCCAAAGUUGGUGUCCACCACUACAAUGGAAAUAACGUCGAUCUGGGUACAGCUUGCGGAAAGUAUUUCCGUGUGUCGUGCUUGAGCAUCGUGGAUCCGGGUGAUUCAGACAUCAUCAAGACACUUCCUGGUGACCAGUGAAUCCAAACUCUGUCUUGUUUUUUUGUACCUUCUCGCAAGCAGUUGUCUCUUUCUUCAUGCUGUUACUGUGAGUUUGCUUUAGAUUUUUUUUCUUUUGACUUUUGAUCUUUUACGUUAAUCUGAAAUUUCAUCUCUCUUCAUUUUUGGUCUUCUUCUCUAAUGGAUUUUAGUUGCGAUUUUUU